AAGCAGACUGUUGAGGGAGACGAGGGACCCUAAGCCAGCUGUUACCUUUCCAUGUGGAGGCGACACAACAACAACACAUGGUGGCAGACUCUCCCUGCUCGACUCUCGUCACCUACUAGACGUCUCCUGGGCUGCUGGACUGUACUCGUCACCUGCUAGACGGACAGCAGCUGGUGUAGUGACGAGGGUGGACGUGGUCUUCGUCCAGUCACGCCACGACUUCUUAAUCAUACGUUGAUCUUUGGAGAGAAGAUACGUUAAAUUAAGUCAUAAUGGCAUCAUUAAAGAAUGUGAUGAAAACCCAGCGUGUGCACAGGGAACGACAUCAGCCUCUUGCCCGUCAGCACCUGGGUGCCUUAGAGAAGAAGAAAGACUACAGGAUACGAGCAAAAGACCAAAAUGCAAAGCGAGAAGCAAUAACAACUCUUCGUAAGCGAGCCCUGAACAAGAAUCCUGAUGAAUUUAAAUACCAUAUGAUAAACAGUGAACUAAAGGAUGGCAUACAUUUUGAAAAGGUUGAAAAUGAGGAGCUUGCUGUAGGUGAUGUUGCGCAGGACUUGACAUAUGUCACUCAUCGUAUGUCAGUGGAGCGGAAGAAGAUUGAAAAGUUGAAAGCACAGUUGCACAUACUUGAUGUGGGAGAUGAUGAGCCAAAAAAUACACACACACUCUUUGUAGAUGAUGAAAAAGAAGCCAGAAAGACAAAUCCAGCCAAGUUGUUGGACACGCAUCCGGCUCUGCUCGGCAGAAGUUUCAAUCGCCUGCGCUCCUCUCAGUUAUCUCUUCUCAAUAAUCUGGUUGAUCCCUCAUCUUUAAAGACACUUUCCAAUUCCAAGAAGAAGGCUUACAAGGAAUUAGCUCAUAGGAUUGAGAGGGAAAACAAGCUUCGGAUUAUGCAAGCAAAACUGGAAGUGCGGAAGAAGCUGAUGAAAAACAAGGCUAUAAAUGGAGAAAAACCAAAACUGAUACAAGCCGGCACCAAUGUGAUGGCACCGGUGUACAAGUGGCCUCAACAGCGGAAGAAGUAGAUCUCUAACUGCCCAAAUUAUAAAAAAUUAUGAAAUUAAUGAUUCAAAUACAUACACAAUACUUAAGUGUUAUCAUUUAGUAACAAUUUGAAAAUAAAAUUCUGAAAUUACA